CCCCAAUACACAACUUCAGCUUGAGGUAAAGCUUAAACUUAAAAAAAAUAAACAUAAUAGAGAUGGGUUUGGUCACAGAGGAGGUGAGAGCUAAGGCAGAGAUGUACACCGGAGAUGAGAUAUGCAGAGAGAAGACAAAAUGUUUCCUCGAGGAAAUAUCUAUGCCUAAUGGCUUACUACCAUUGAAGGACAUUGAAGAGGUUGGGUAUGACAGAGAGUCAGGUGUCGUGUGGCUGAAGCAGAAACAGAGCAUCACCCACAAGUUUGAAAAGAUCGAUAAGCUUGUCUCCUACGGAACCGAGGUCACUGCCGUGGUCCAGACCGGCAAGAUCAAGAAGCUCACUGGAGUCAAGGCCAAGGAGCUUCUUAUCUGGGUCUCUAUCAGUGAUAUCUAUACAGAUGACAAAGAGAAGAUCACUUUCAAGUCACCAACCACACUGUCUAGGACUUUCCCUGUCUCAGCUUUUGUAGUCCCAGAGGAAGUGGAACCUGCCAAGGAAGAACCUCUCAAGGAGAAGAUCAGUGAAGCCGCCGAGGUCAAGGAGGCUGUUGCAGUCAAGGAGGCCUAAUCAAGCUUCUCCCUGCUUCUACUAUUAAAAGAGACCAAAAUCUAUUGAAGUGUAAUUCAACAAUGUAAAGAGACUAUUGAGAGUUGGUGAUUCUCACUGCUCUUACUCUCAUGUAUUAUCUACCACUCGUUUCUGCUUAUUUUACGUGUAAUAAGUUGUCAACAUCAUCCUGUUCGACAAAAAAUACCGUAAUUAUCUAUGAACUACAUUGAAGUCGGUUA